AUGCCGUCCAGCCAUGAAGUCCAGUCUGCCUGCGCGCGUCUCAGAGGGCCCACGACAACAGUCUCUACGGUUGAGACGGCCCGCAUUGAUGGAUUCGGGGGCAGCACCAAUCCUCGUGCGACAGCCAGAUGGAAGCCUGGCGCAGGGACAGCCUUGGGGAUGGGUAGCAUCGCCUGCCCCAUCGACCCCAGAUGUGGAGUCACUGGACGCCAGACGACCAAGCGAUUGGCCGAUGCCGUUUCUGGUUCAAAGAGCUCACAGAUGAGCAGUGUUUGUGCCAAGUGUCGAUACUCGGACCGUCUGAGUGGAGACACUUGGUGCAUUGCGUGCAGCGCCUGGGAGGGGCCGGCCAUAGCGGAGAACCUCGUGGUGGGUGCUGCACGGGAGGUGCGGGCGCUGCGGUCGCUAGGUGCUGGGGUCUCCCGUGCACCGGCGGCUGCGGCACCUGCACUCCCGCGCACCCUGGCGCGGGGAACUGGAAGUGCCGGCGACGAGCCGGGCACUCCAGGAGGACAAGCGGCCCGAGCUGCCAAGGAGGAGUCACAAGAGGAGGCUGUGGGAACUUCCGCACAGGCCGCACUGCUGGUUACGUCUACAGAGAAGGAGGACGACCAGACCCUAUACAUCUACGGAAGGCAUGUGGGCUGCAGUUCAGAGGAGAUGGGCAAAGUGCUCAGCAACCGCAUCAACCGUCGUGGAAGCCCUCUUCACUUGUGCUGGGGCAGCCCGUGCAUGAGUGGAGAGGAGUUUGGGGAGCUCGACAAAGAGGAAGCAGAAGAAGGAGAAGAAGAGAAGAAAAGGCCACUCAAGAAACUUGGACGAGGCAAAGAACCAGGUGGAAGAAGAGAGAAACCCCGUGGGGGCCGAAAGCGGCCUGCUGUGGCCAAGAGUGGGGCAGCCCCCAAAGAUCACAGAGAGCGGCUGCGAGAGAAGCUCCGGGCCCUCAAGGCAAAGUUAAUAGAGGGGAAGGCAGAGGCCAAGGCCGUAGAGGUCAUUGGGUCUUCAGAUGAGACCGAAGAAGCAGAAGAGGAGGAGGAGAAUUCAGAGGAGCCAGCCGUGCAAGCUCGAGCCGCGCGGGAGGCAGAGGACAAGGAGAAGAAGAGCAGAAAGAAAGCGACGGAGGAUCGAAAAAGGAGGAGACAGUCCGAGCUCUUCAGACAGCGACGGAUCGCGGAGGAGCAGCCCAGACCGGGAGGAGUCGGAGUCCAGCUCAACAGAACUGCUGGCUCCAAGAAGCCGGGGGCGGUGCUGAAGAUGCUGGUGCACCACACCAAGACCACUCUGGACCAAUCAUCUGUGGUCGAGACAGAGAAGGACCAACAGGUGACCGGUGGGAUCAAGAUCUCCACAUAUUUCAACCUGCUUGUCCGGCCUUACCACAGCCCGGCGAGCAGGGAUAUGAAGGAGAUGAGCCACCUAGCCGUCUGCCUCGACGAGCUAAGGUCGGGUCAGCUGGGGAAACUUGGGGACAUUCCUAGCGAUCCACACCGCGGUCAACGAGGGGUCAUGGCAGAGUGCCCAAUUCUUGGAGCUGCACCCCCUGGAGGCGACCCAGGGAGCUCCGACAUCGCUGCUGUUGGAAGCGAAACGCAGGGGAAGGAGCCUUGGCGUCCAAGGGGCGAAGUGGACUCAUGGAGGAGCAGCGGAAAAAGGGGCGUCAAGGCAGAGGAGGAUGGAACCAGAGCGGAAAAUGGGACGCCUGGAGAGGAAAGAACUGGUGGGCAGACCAGAAAGACAAGCCAGAUGGCAAAGAAGGGAAGCCAGGAGGAAAAGAAAGCAAGGGGUUGGAGCGCUUUUGGGCUGGUGUUAGAAGAUGCCAAGACGCUGAAGGGGGCUGGCUGCCUCUUGGCUUGGCUUGUUGUUCAUGCUGAGCUGGAGGUUAGAGUGGGCAGCCUGAAGACAGCGAUGUUGCCUUUGCUCGGUGCUGGCCUUUCCGCCGUGCAUCGCUUCCGUAAACAGGAAGCCCUUCCCAUCCGGCUUGGAGAGCUGGAGCUCACUGUGGGCCUGCUGAAGCGCAGCUCCUACGGUGAUGUUUUGGUAGAUUCUUUUGUCGCCAAUCAUGCUGGCGAGUGCUGGACCCUUUUGUCCGUGCACUAUAUUAAUUUGUUGCAUGGAUGCCGAUCCCCGCCUGUAGGGUGUUGGCGCAAGAUCGAUGCGACUGCUGUUUCAAGUGUGCGUGCCGCUGUACAGAGAUCUUUGCGCUUGGAUUCUCCGGCUGAGCGCUCGUCCGAGAGCGUUGAAAAAGAAUUGAGCAGUAGAUUUGUGAGUUACACAGGCGAAGAGGUGCCAAAGAUGGAGUUUUUAACCAAAGAUCAGAUUGCACCAGCUUUACCACCGGCAGAACAUGGAGGGUCAAUCGACAUUUUGGACUGGACUAAGGGACGGACGCGUAGUUUUCUUGUGAACCCCUCUGGUUGCCUGGCUUCUGAUGAGGGACAGCUCUUACCAAAGUUACAAGCGAAAGUUCACAUUGCCCCAAAUGAGAAGAUGUCUGUUGCAAGCCUGCUGAUUGAAAGAAAUAUUGUCAGUGGAUUGAAUUGGAAGAAGUGA